AUGUUCCUCUCUCUCUCCACCCUGCGCCGCCACCACCUUCUCUCUUCUUUGUCCUUCAUCCACCCCUUUUCCACAACCUCCUCCUUAGUCUCGUCGAACCUUAACCACGUUUCUCAAUCCAUUUCUUAUCCCAAUGCUUCUUUCAAAACCCACCUCUUGCAACUCUCCCUUGUCACCCCUGAAACCAUUCGCACGUGUUGGAGGCUUCCCUUGUUGGAACCCCAACACGUCCUUCAAUUAUUGCUCGGUUUUCAAUCCCAGUGUGUCAAUGGUGAGAUUCGGGUCGAAAAGGUUAGAUCUUUGUGGCAGAUUUUCAAAUGGGGUGCUGAGAGAAACGUGGGUUUCAAGCAUCUUUCGCAGUCCUAUGAAAUCAUGGCAUCGUUGCUUGUGCAAGUUGGGUUGCUUAGUGAAGCUGAGGAGUUGAUUUUUGCAUUUAAAAGUUGUGAGAUUUUCGAUGAUUUGAUUAAAGGGUAUGUUAGUGUGAAAGAAUUGGAAAAGGGUGUUUUUGUGUAUGAUGUUAUGAAGGGUCGAGGUAUGGUUCCUACUAGGUCUUGUUAUGGUGUUUUGAUUGAUCUCUUGGUGAGAAUGAAAAGGACUCAGCUUGCAUUUCGCGUGGCUUUUGAUAUGGUGGAGUUGGGUGCACCUUUAAGUGGUGAUGGCAUAAGGGUUUUGGAGAAGGUUAUGGUGCUGCUAUGUGUCGAUGGGAAGGUUCAGGAAGCAAGAAAUUUGGUGAAGAAAGUGUUGCCUCUUAAUUCUGAGGUUAGUGGUUUGGUUUUUGAUGAAAUUGCAUUUGGAUACUGUGAGAAGAAGGACUUCAAAGAUUUGCUUAGUUUCUUUGUUGAAGUGAAGUGUGCCCCUACUGUUACUGCUGCUAAUAGAGUUAUCAAUUCUAUGUGUAGCAGUUAUGGUGUAGAAAGAGCAGGGUUGUUUUUGCAAGAGUUAGAAAGUUUAGGUUUUACUCCUGAUGAAGUAACCUAUGGGAUAUUAAUUGGUUGGAGUUGUCAUGAAGAGAGGAUAAAGAAUGCAUUGAGUUAUUUAUCAGUUAUGCUAUCAAAAAACCUUUUGCCGUGUAUAUAUACUUAUAAUGCUCUUAUAAGUGGGUUGUUUAAAGUAGGUAUGUUAGAGCAUGCUCAUGACAUUCUUGAUGAGAUGAUUGAGAGGGGGACACUACCUGAUAUUUCAACUUUCAGAGUUCUCAUAGCAGGUUAUUGUAAGUCUAGACGGUUUGAUAAAGUGAAACUUUUGGUUAAAGAGAUGGAGAGCCGUGGGUUAAUUAAACUUUCUUCGCUGGAGAAUCCAAUUUCCAAGGCAUUUGUGGUUUUGGGCUUGAACCCUUCGAGUGUGAGGUUGAAACGUGACAAUGAUGGGAAACUUUCAAAAACGGAGUUCUUCGAUGAUAUUGGAAAUGGACUUUAUUUGGAUACUGAUGUUGAUGAGUAUGAGAACCACAUUAAUUUGGUUCUUGAAGAAUCCAUGCUGCCCAACUUCAAUUCAUCUGUUAAGAAGGAAUGUAGCAAUAGUAACCUUAACAAUGCAUUGAUUUUUUUUGAAGCAAUGCUUUGUUGGGGACAAGAAUUGCUGUUACCUGAAUUCUCAGAGUUAGUGAGACAACUUUGUUCUUCUCGGUCACAAAUUAAGUCAAUGACCAAGCUUUUGGAGAAAAUGCCACAGUCGGCCCAUAAACUCGACCAGGAAACACUCAAUCUGGUUGUACAGGCAUACAGCAAGAAGGGCUUACUGCACAAAGCGAAAAAUAUACUGGAUGGAAUGCUUCUAAACAAAUUUCAUGUCAAGAAUGAGACAUAUACUGCCAUAUUGUUGCCUUUAUGUAAGAAAGGCAACAUGAAGGACUUUAACUAUUACUGGGAUAUGGCUUGUAGAAACAAAUGGUUGCCAGAUUUGGAGGACUUUGAAUGUCUUCUUGCCCAUAUCUGCCAUUGGAAAAUGCUUAAGGAAGCUUUACAAUUUCUUGAAAUCAUGCUUUUAUCAUACCCUUACAUAAAGUCAGAUAUAUGUCGCAUAUUUCUAGAAGUACUUUCUACAAGGGGUCUUACAGGCACUGCAUUUGAUGUUUUAAAACAACUAAAACCUUGCUUCAUAUUGGAUCAUGCUGCUUAUAAUAAUCUUAUAAGGGGUUUAUGUAAUGAGGGAAAAUUUUAUUUAGCCUUUACAUUCUUGGAUGAAAUGCAAGACAGACAGUUGGCACCUUGUUUGGACACUUCAAUUGUUUUAAUCCCUCAAUUGUGCAAGGCUUAUAGAUAUGACAAAGCUAUUGCAUUAAAAGAAAUCAUUGUGAAAGAGCAGCCUUCAUUUUCUCAUGCUGCUCAUUGUGCAUUGAUAAGUGGAUUUUUUAGUAUGGGGAACACGGGGAGAGCUGACACACUGUUCCGCGAUAUGUUGUCUAAAGGACUAGGUACAGAUGAUGAACUGUGUAACAUGCUUAUUCAGGGUUACAGCCAGGCUAAUGACUUGCGAAAAGUGGGGGAGGCACUUGGUGUUGCAAUUAGAAGGGGUUGGGAGCUAUCUGUCAGAAGUUAUAGAUAUUUGGUGCGAUCAAUGUAUAGGAACGGUAAAGUCCUGUUAGCUCCUAGUUUAAAGAACCUUAAGCUUGCACAAUGUCCACCUGAUGGCCUUAUCAUAUAUAACAUUCAUAUUUUCUAUCUCUUGUCAGCUGGAAACAGUCUGAUUGUUAAUAAGAUACUAAAUGAAAUGGAAGAGAAGAAAGUUGUACUCGAUCAAGUUGGUCAUAAUUUUCUUGUCUAUGGCUUCUUGCAAUGUAAAGAUUUGUCUAGUUCUUUGCAUUAUCUGACUACCAUGAUUUCAAAGGGACUCAAACCAAAUAACCGAAGCUUGAGGAAGGUAAUAAGUAGCCUGUGUGAUGCUGGGGACCUGCAUAAGGCCCUGGAAUUGAGUCAAGAAAUGAGAUUAAGAGGCUGGAUACACGAUUCUUCUGUUCAAACAACUAUUGUAGAAAGCCUUCUUUCAUGUGGUAAGAUACAAGAAGCAGAAACUUUUUUGGGCAGGAUGGGAGAAGAAUCUCUAACUCCUGAUAAUAUAAAUUAUGAUUACCUGAUUAAGUGUUUUUGCCAGUAUGGAAGAUUGAACACAGCAGUUCAUCUUAUGAACACAAUGCUGAAGAAACAAAACAUUCCAGUUUCCACCAGUUAUGAUUUUCUCGUUCAUGGAUUUUGUGCACAAAAUAAAUUGGAUAUAGCUUUGAAUUUUUAUUCUGAGAUGUUGAAUUGGAAUCUCAAACCAAGAAUUGAUACAUUGGAAAUGCUUGUCCAUAGAUUCUGCCAAGAUGGGAAGACAGAACUAGCAGAACAUUUCCUAGUGGACUUGAUUCAUAGAGGUGAAACUCCUUCUAGAAAAAUGUAUUGCUCUGUAGUUAAGAGUUAUCACAUGGAAAAGAAUCUUAAGAAGGCAUCAGAGCUCAUGCAAGCCAUGCAGGAAAGUGGCUAUCAACCUGACUUUGAGAUACAUUGGUCUCUCAUAAGCAACUUAAACAGUGCCAAAGCGAAGGACACUGAUAAUGGGAACAAGGGAUUUUUAUCAAGACUUCUUUCUAAAAGUGGCUUUCUUCAAAGGAAAUGA